AUGGCGAGCGGCUCUGAGCCGGCAGCGGAGGCCAAGGAGGAAGAUGGUCAAGCGCCGGCUCCCAAACACGAGUUGCAACACAAAUGGUGCCUCUGGGUACAUCAGCGGCCAGGGGCGCAGAAGGGCCAAGCCUGGGGCGAUAGCCAGCGGGAAGUCCACUCCUUCUCGACGGUUGAGGACUUCUGGUGUAUGUUUCACUUUUCCUACCCGCCGUCAAAGUUAGAGAACGUGGACUACUCGCUCUUCAAGUCAGGUGUUACACCAGCUUGGGAGGAUGCCGCCUUCAAGAACGGUGGGCGCUGGGUGAUCAAACUGGAGAAGGUGAAGGCGCAGAGCUUGGACGACCUGUGGCUCUCUCUUAGCCUCGCUCUCAUCGGUGAGGACUUCCUGGAACAUGGGGGCGACCUCGUGUGUGGCGCCAUCGUCUCCGUCCGGAGCCGCGCUAGCAAGAUUGCCUUGUGGCUUUCCGCGUCGAAGGAUGAGAAGAAAGUGAUGGCAUUGGGGCGCCACUACAGAGAAGUGCUUGCGCAGACACCCGGCUUGCAGGAGCUCGCUGCAAAGGAGCUCACCUUCGAGGAUUUUCGCAAGCAGUCGGUCACGUUCGUUCUCACCAAGCCGAACUCCGGAGGUGAACAGGCAGGCGGAUUUCAGUGA